AUGUCCGUCAACGUGUCCUUCGGGGUGGAGGGCAUGCUUGUGUGCCUCAAGUUAGAUGGUAUUCUCCACGUAAACAACUUUUUUUUCGCCACCACCCUUUUGGUUGUCCUCCCUCUGUCUCUGCGCGUCCUCCAUCUGGGUCUCCAGCGCGCCAUCUUCACAGCGACCACCUUGAGUUACUCUGACUGCUUUGUGCUCAACCUGGCUGCCAUGGAGCUGAUCGGAGUGGCUGCGUAUGCUCUCGGCAUCUACGGGAUCAACACAAGCGCUUACCAGCUGACCCGUGCGGGAUUCAUAAUCCAGUUCUUUCCCUGGUACGGACAGAUAGUCGUUUCUGUGCUCACCUGUGUCGAUCGCUACCUGGCGGUUGUCCAUCCUGUCGCUUACCUGCGUUUCAAGCGGCAGCAGAGUGUUCGGUAUGUCACCAUAGCCUUCCCGUGGCUCUGGUGUUCUCUGGGGAUGUAUUUGUCACUGCUGGCCUUCACAAAACCUCUGUUGGCCGCCUGUAUAGGCUUCAGUCAGGUGAUCUUCUUCCUCGGGGUCAUAAGCUUCUGCAGCCUCUCAGCUGUCAACGCGCUUAAGCGACCGCGACCUGGCCAGGCGGUUAGAACCGUGGUGGACAAAACCAAGCGAACAGCCGUCCGCAUCAUCCUUAUCAUUACAGGAGUUCUUGUCUUCAAGUAUACAGGAUAUGUUCUCUUCAGUGGCAGCAGCAUGGUAGUGCACAGCAGCGCUGUCUGCAGAAUUUUUGUGGUGGUCAAAGCAUUUGACUUUCCCAGCAGCUGCUUGCUCCCGCUCCUCUUCUUGCACAAGGCAGGGAAAUUGAAUGCUUGCAAACACCUUCGAAGGCUUUGCAAACUUUGA